AUGAAGAACACCGAGUAUAGCGGACCGUCGUCAAAGAUCAAGCUGCACAUCUACAGCAGGGUUCCAAAGAAGAAGUAUGUGAACGAAAGCGCCAUCACGAGGACCUACACAAAGAAUCCGAGAAGAAAGCCCCAGCCCUGGAGUACGGAGGAGAAGGAGGCACUGCUCAAGGGAGUUAAGGAAUUUGGGCGUGGAAAGUGGAAGGAAAUCCUCGAGAAGUACAGAGAUGUCUUUAACGAAAGCAGGAGACACAUCGACCUGAGCGACAAGCUCAGGGUGAUAAACAAAAAGGCAUCCUACUACUACACUACAAAGAUAAACUUCAUCGAGGUUAACGAAGAAGGAGAGGAGAUUUCGAAUGCAUUCGGAGAGAGACGUGUGUAUCCAUCGAAAUUCCCCUAUUCUGCAGCAAAGAAGGCUGGGCUGUACAGGCUGGCCUUUGGAGCCAAAGAGGCAAUCAUCAACAUUCAGGGGGAGCGGAAUGGAGUCAUAGGCAGGCAUAAGUACCAUGUGUCUAGCUCCCCUGGAUCCCGCACCGGAAUCAACAUCGUUAAGUUAGGCAGUGAAAUCAUAGAAAAGACCGGGGAGGAGAAAGACACUCGCCCAAACCAGGACAUCGAAGAAUAA